UCUAAGACGUGAGCAUAAAAACAUCCAAAAAGUUCUAGCCAACAUAUUUUGUAACAAAUCAACAAGUAACACUAAAAAUAUAACUUAUUUUAUUGCCAGUUAUUGCCUAAAAAGGUUUUUUAAUAAUAUUUUUCAAGGAAAACCACGCAAUGAAAGAGUGGGCAUACUUGCCGUUUACUUUGUGGCUCUUGGGAGACACUAUCUGUUAUGGUAGCCAAGAGCACACAAGUUAUACAAUAUCGGGUGUAAAAGAGUGCUUUACUUCCUCAGAAAUAGAUCCCAACUUCUGUCUAUCCUUAUCGAACGGUUUUUAUAAAUAUCCCUAUGACUGCAGUGCAUAUAUAUCGUGUAAUGAUUCAUGCGCUGAUUUGGAGUACUGCCCUGAUGGAAAACUCUUUAAUAGUCCCAUGCACAUUUGCGAUACACCAGAAGCUGUCGACUGCGAAUCGUUACCUUAUCCAACACCUUCAACUACCGAGCUCCCAAUGGAAAAUCCUUGUGAGGGCAUUAAAAAUAACACUAUUUUGCCCUCUGCUGGUAAUUGUAGUGAGUUCUUUGUGUGUGUAAAUCAGCAAAGUGAAGUGCAUCACUGUCCCUGGGAGAUGCUUUUUAAUCCUGAUCUGGAAAUUUGUGAUUUUAAGGAUAACGUCUGGUGCUACGGUGACCCUACUACCCAAAAUCCUUUGGAAACCUCAGAUACUACUGCGGAGUCCUUCACAAAGUGCGAGGGCCAAAAGCUUGGAACCUUUUUCCCGGAUACUCAGAAUUGCCAACAGUACUACUACUGCUGGGGCAACGAUUCCUUCAUACUUCUACCCUGUCCCGUGGACAAUUGGUUUAAUCCAUACACCGGUAACUGUGGUCCCGAUAUUUCACCGGAAGCGUGCCAAGCAUUUGUGGCUACCACUAUGCCUGUUAUUAUUACAUCACCUUCCACAACAGUUGCGACGUCCACUACGGAAGCUAAUGAUAAGAAUCCGUGUGCAGAUCAGGAACUGGGUGCCAGCUUUCCGUUGCAAUCCGACUGCCAGUCAUACCUGCUAUGCCUGGGUAAUGGCCAAUCUGCGAAAGCUCAAUGUCCAACAAAUGCCUGGUUCGAUCCACAAUCAGGGGAUUGUGGGCCAAAUGUAUCGCCCACUGCUUGCAUCGAAACAACCACACCUACCACUACCGUUGCCACAACUCAGGGCUCGAAUGAUCCUUGUGCCGAUCAAGAACUGGGAGUAUCUUAUCCCCUGGUGACAAACUGCAAGCAAUAUAUUCUAUGCAUGGGAAACGGGGAAUCCACGGUAGCCAAUUGCAUCUACAACGCCUGGUACGAUCCGCAAACGGGAAUUUGUGGACCCGAAGUAUCACCAACAGCAUGUACGGAAACUAUAGUUUCCACCGAAUCCUCCACAAGUCAAGCCACCUCGCCAAUCACAACACCUUCCUCUCCGUGGUCUACCACUUUGUCUACCCAUUAUCCUGAGGAGUCUACUACUACCCCGUCGGACAUUGCAAAAAUCUGUUCUGGAGAGAGCGAUGGUUAUUAUGCCACGUAUCCUGAGGACUGCAGUAAAUACAUCGUAUGUGCCAGUCCUGUUCCUAUAGCAUUCUUCUGCCCGGAAGGCUUGUUUUUCAACGAAGCUCUUCAGAAAUGCGUCGAAUGGAAUUUAAGCGAGUGCCCCAAGGAAGAUACCACCACUGCAUCGCCUGGCUAUACGACUCCGAAACCAGAUUCUUCGAUAUGUUUCAAUAGCACUGGCAUGAAUUUGCCGUACCAAGAAAAUUGUCAAUGGUUUGUACGAUGCGUUGACGACUCCUCUUACAUGAUGGGUAUAUGUAGCAGUGAAGAGUAUUUCGAUCCAUUGACUGGGGAAUGUGGCUUUGAUGUCUCCCCGGAAGCCUGCCGGGGGAUCUACACUUCAACCACUAUAGUUACGGAAACCACCGAGAGCUCAACAACUACACCAAGUGCUCCAACAACGGCAAUUACCCCAACUACUCCGAGUACAGAAACUGAUCCUUGUGAAGGAGCUCCUGAGGGAAAACUUGUUCCCUAUCCGGAUGACUGCACUAAAUUCAUACAAUGUGUUCGUCCCAUCCCUAUCGUGUAUGACUGCCACGAAGGUCAGGAGUUUAGCGCCAGUUUGGAAAGAUGUAUGGCUCCGUGGUAUGCCAAUUGUUCUAUUCCGGCCACAACUACAACUGCAGCUCCCAUAACAACUACCACGCUGUCGCCGGACAGCUUUUGUGCGGAUAAAAUCGAAGGAUCACUGGUACCUUAUCCCUUAAAUUGUAGCAAGUACAUAGUUUGCCAGGUUCCCAUCCCAGUGGGGUAUGCUUGUCCAGGAAGCGAAGAGUUUAGUCCUACUGCUUUGACCUGUAUGGAAGCUGAGCUGGCCGGUUGCAUUACCAAUGGCUACCGCCUUUUACCGGUUAAUUUAUUUGGCAACACUGAUUCAGAAGAUUCAAGCCCAUCACUUUGGCAGUCCCUUAAAACGAUGGCAAGCUUUGUUAUAGAUUUUUAA